GGCAAGGGGCGGUUCCUGGGCGGUGGCCUGAAGUGCAUCCUCGCCUGACUUCCAACGCGGGGUGCGUCUGGUGGCAGUUGCUUGAGUGCAUUCCUGCCGGGACCAGUCCACAGUUUUGUGUGUGAGCAAGAUGGAGACUGACCUGUCUGGCUUUGACAUCGAUGCCCCCCGUUGGGACCAGUGCACUUUCCUGGGGCGGGUGAAGCACUUCUUCAAUAUCACAGACCCCCGCACUGUCCUGCUACCAGAGCGGGAGCUGGACUGGGCCAAGGUGAUGGUGGAGAAGAGCAGGAUGGGAGUCGUGCCCCCAGGCACCCAAGUGGAACAGCUGCUGUAUGCCAAGAAGCUCUAUGACUCGGCCUUCCACCCUGACACCGGGGAGAAGAUGAACGUCAUUGGGCGGAUGUCCUUCCAGGUCCCUGGUGGCAUGAUCAUCACAGGCUUCAUGCUCCAGUUCUACAGGACGAUGCCGGCGGUGAUCUUCUGGCAGUGGGUGAACCAGUCCUUCAAUGCCUUAGUCAACUAUACCAACAGGAAUGCAGCUUCCCCCACGUCAGUCAGGCAGAUGGCCAUUUCCUACAUCACAGCUACAACCACUGCGGUGGCCACUGCUGUGGGCAUGAACAUGUUGACAAAGAGAGCUCCACCCCUGGUGGGCCGCUGGGUGCCCUUUGCUGCUGUGGCUGCAGCUAACUGUGUCAACAUCCCAAUGAUGCGACAGCAGGAACUCAUCGAGGGCAUCUGCAUGAAGGACAGGAAUGACAAUGAGAUUGGUCAGUCCCGGAGAGCUGCAGCCAUAGGCAUCACCCAAGUGGUUAUUUCUCGGAUCACCAUGGCAGCCCCUGGCAUGAUCUUGCUGCCAGUCAUCAUGGAAAGGCUGGAGAAACUGCGUUUCAUGAAGAAAGUCAAGGUUCUGCAUGCCCCAUUGCAGGUUUUGCUGUCUGGGUGCUUCCUCAUCUUCAUGGUGCCAGUGGCCUGUGGGCUCUUCCCUCAGAAAUGUGAAUUGCCAGUUUCCUAUCUGGAACCGGAGCUCCAAGACACCAUCAGGGCCAAGUAUGGAGAACUUGUGCCUUCUGUCUACUUCAAUAAGGGUCUCUAAAUGCCCCACUCCAGCAAGGACCAGUCUAUACCCAUAUUCACCAGCUCUUCCUUAGCUGUUGUGUAUACCUGUGCCCUCACUCCCCUUUGCCAACAGGGCCUGAAGGCCAAUGUGGGUUGGGGGGUGGUGGGUGAGGGGGAGGAUGCCUCACGCUUCCACCAGGCACCUGGUUUACUGAACUCCAGGGGAUAAAGGUGAACAAGGGGAGCAAAGACCAAAUCUAUCUGCUCCCCCUUCACCCCCAUCCCCUGGAGACCAGGAGCUGAGACCCCCCUCGGGGAGAAGUUGCUGGGACCUGGGGGAGACACUCAAGCAAACCAUUUGGAGAAAUUAGGAAGCCUUUGGGAUUCUGGUUCCAGCCAGGAUUGGGGAAGAGCCCCUGGGACAAAGAGACGUUCCUACUCCUCUUUCCUCUUCACUCCUCCUCAUCUUCUCACGCUGUGCAACCUCCUACCCAUGCAAUUCUAACUAACUCAGGAAGGGGGAGGGAAGAGGUCUGUGUCACCUUGGGGCUCUUCACUCUUCCCCAUUCUCCUCCCCAAUACCCCCUAGUCGGAAAGCUUCUUUGGGAGUGCUGCUGAACGUGAGUUUCUCAGGCACCCAGGAGUUCUUCAUGCUGAAAAAGGUCACUGUGUGAGGCAGCAGAGUUUCAGGUGCUUCAAACCUUGUUUGUUGACACUGAUUUUGUUCUCCUGCCCUAAAAUCAUGUCUGACUUUACUUCUUUGUGUUUAAAAGAUAAAUCCAUUAACUGUGAGUAUAAAGGAUGUAUGUAGGCAUUAACUACACAUUUUAAUGGGUAUGAUUUCCUGGCUGCCUCCCUUCCUCAGCCCAUUGGGUUAAACACCAAAGAAAGACUGGUAUGUACUGAAUAGGAAAGGGAAGUUUUAUUUGGACACUGCUAAGAGGAAAUCAACCAAGACCAAAGAGCCUUAAAGGGCACACAGCAAAGCACAGCCACUUGUCCUUCCCAGCUUGGCUGCUGUAGGCGAUUUCUCAAGCUCUGGGGUCAGGGGCCGUUGUGGCUUACCUGGGAUCAAUGUCUGUAUGAGUUUUGUCUAGUAGAAUUUACUGACUGUUCAAAAGACAUCACUGUGAAUUGAAUAAAUUUCUUGAAAGAACACAAUGAA